AUGGCGGAGGACAAAAAGACCGACUCCCAAUAUCAGCAUGGGCCGGCUAUCGUUGAUCGACCUAAUGGGCGUAACUCCAGUGAGCGUACCAAAGGCUGGAAUGAGGUUGCGAAGCAGUCUUCGGACGCAAAUUCAAUCACUGGGCGGAACUUCGACCUGCCUGCACGCAACCUCGAUGUUUCGCGCGAGCGUAGAGUCACCGAACCUGCAAACCGCGGCAGCAGUCAGACCAAUUCCCCGCCAGACAUGUUGUUUCGUCAGUGGCGUUUUUCACCCAACCCGAAGGACAAUCGACCGCUAGCAUUCGCCAAGCCUCGUUUUGCCCAACAAUUGUUCACACUGGUGCAGAGUGAGAUCGGUGUCAUGCAGGAGACGAUCAGUCUUCUUGCGACGGAAGGCGGCCUGAAGCGUAUCUCGGAACUAGUCAGUGAGCGCGAGCUACACAGACUGCCUGACGCCAGAUUUCAAACGAGCUUCCAGAAUGAGAUUCUGCCGCUUCUUCGUGCGAUUUCUCAUAGUCGCGUCUUGGCUUCCACGAUGCUGGAAAGUCGGCUGGCUGUUAUUCACGCUCACCUCUUUGGUAAUUUGGGCGCGAGAGCUGUGGUAUUAUUCUCGGACUCCGUCCGCUAUCUCGAAGUACUUCGCCUUACCAAGGAAGCUUCAACCGAUAUCCAAGAAGGCGACCUCGCACAUUAUCAUGGCGCCUGGGAGGCUUGCACUACGGUAUUCGCUGCUAUCGUCAUUAGUCAAGGCCAGGCCGCGAUGUCCGACAGCAUGCAGCAAGUGCUGGCUCGACUCACUGAUGCUGCAGGCAGCGCAGCAACAUCGCUAUCACGACUUGCUCUCCGUCGUUUGUCCCGCGCAAAGCACGGUAUGACGCGCCCAGCAUUCUCGGCGAAGAAGACAGACAAGGAUCGAGCGGAUGCUCCGACCUUUGUGAUGCAGAAGGAACUACCUGGAGAUUUAUCCGCUGAUGGUCCUCGCCACGACAAUGACUUCAAGGACAUUACAAGUAUCGCUCUCAUGCCUACUGUGGCAGAAGUCGUGGCGACGAGGAGCGAGUAUCUUCCACCCCCAGCUGCAGAAACGUGGCACAUAAGCGGCGUCGCCGGCAUGCUUGAUCGUCAAUUCAGGCUUCUUCGAGAAGAUACAAUUGGCCAGCUCAGGGACGCCGCAAAAGUGGCGCUUGACAAGAUCGAAGAUCCACUCGGUCACGAACAGAUGGACUGCCGACAGCAACACGGUGCCCGCACUUUCAACUAUCGUAACCUCGAAUUUGUCGGUUUCGAUUUUGAUGCGCAUCGUGGUCUCACGGUCGCCUUGUGCGUUGACCAGCCGUAUGAUCUGAGGUACAAGACUUCGAAGCAGCGUGAUCCUAAUUAUGCAUACGUCACUGCCAAACUGGUCGAUGUCAACGAUGAAGGCAUCUCGCACUUGAUGGCCUACAUUAGUAGGUCGCUCAAAGGCGCGCCGAAGAGUCUUGUCGAAUUCCCUGGUAUCUUGCUACCAGCUUUCCAGGCCACGCUCGUUGCUUUGCAAGAAAUGACCAGAACGGAAGACCUGCCAUUCACCGAGCUUCUCGCUCCUGGGAGCAAUACAGCAGAUGUACCACCGCCUGGAUAUGCCACCGAGAAAGGGUUCGGUUAUGACAUCAGCUGCCUCGCAAACAAGGGCACCAAGCUCAUCCUCAACGUUGCACAAGACUUCGAUGCGAUGGUUGCAGAAGUACGGACUCGGACGUCGCUGGAUGAUAUGCAAGCGAGUGCUUUCGUUUCAGCCCUCACACAAAGCUUCGCGUUGAUCCAGGGUCCGCCGGGUACUGGAAAGAGUUAUACUGGGGUUGCUUUGAUGCGUGCGCUGCUCGCGAACAAAAAGAGCGCCUCUCUUGGACCUAUCAUCACUGUUGCCCAAACGAACCAUGCUCUCGAUCAGCUGCUCGAGUCGCUGCUUGAUGCAGGCGUCACACAGAUCAUUCGUAUGGGCCAAUUCAGCAAAUCAGAUCGGCUGAGGAACCUCAAUCUCCGCUGUGUCGCAGAACAGGUUACUCAGACUAGAGCCGAGAAGUCCGCCUGGGGCAAGACACGAAGUGCGACAGAAGCUGAGGCUCGAGCGAUCAACGAGCUUCUUCAUAGCAUCAGUCAGAUCGGCUCCGCGGCUGGCCUUGAGAAGUACUUGGAGAACAACUUCCCGGAGCAUUGCGCCCAAUUGUUUGGUGGUAUCGACGAUGAAGGUUUCGAGACCGUCAAUUACGGCCCAGGCUAUAGCUUCCACGCUUGGCUUUCGGCAAGUGUCACCGUAGCGGACUUAUCAAACAGAUCUCUCGAGGAGCUUUUCGCGAUCAACAUACACGAAACAUCGCCGUGCGAGCGCCGUAGGCUGUGGGAAUACUGGAUGCAGGACUGCAGUGGCCGACUGCACGGUCAACUCCGGAUCGCACUGCAAGCCUACGGCGAAUUAAAGCAGGAGCUGACGAAGAUCUCUAAUGACAAAGAUCUUCGUGUGCUGUCGCAAGCGGACGUCGUUGGUGUGACCACUGCUGGGCUGGCACGCAAUCUGAAUCUGUUCCGCAAGCUUGGAUCUCGUGUUCUACUUAUGGAAGAAGCUGCGGAAAUCCUUGAGAGUCACACUCUCUCCGCCAUGUUACCGUCUCUUGAGCAUUGCAUUCAGAUUGGCGAUCAUCUCCAGCUACGUCCUCGUGUCGCCAAUUACGAGCUCAGUGUUGACAAUCCGAAGCCUCACUACGCGAUGGACAUCUCACUGUUCGAGAGACUCAUACAUCCCGCCAAAAACGACCACCCUCUACCAUAUACCACACUCAACAUCCAGCGCCGCAUGCAUCCAUCAAUCUCUACCCUGAUCGGAUCGCUUUAUCCGAACCUGCAAGAUCAUGAGAGGGUGUUGGAGUAUCCGCAGGUGAUGGGCAUCCGACAUCGUCUCUGGUGGCUAGACCACAAUCAUCGGGAGGAUCCCAGAGAUGCGUUCUCGACCUCUUUCACCAACACCUUCGAAGUCGAAUUCUGCGCGGGUCUGAUCAGUCAUCUUGUACGCCAAGGUGUCUAUCGUCCGGCAGAUAUUGCAGUGCUUACGCCAUAA